AUGCCGUUUGGAAACGAGGUUGAUUUUUUGGUUCACCAACCCUGUGAAACAAUUUCAGAUGAUGAACCGUUAAUAAUGAUAAAAAUGAUAAAAGAUGAUUAUUCUUUUUAUAAUUAUUUUCUAAAUUUUUCCCGAAAUCAUGCAAGUGCAGGGCAUAAUUGGCCAGUUGUUUGGACGGGUGAUCGAUUUAUGUCGAUGCCUAGUUUUUAUAUUUAUCUUAUAGAUGGAACAUUAUAUGAUGACGGCGAAAGAGUAAUAACAAUUGGAGUUAUCCAUUGGUUGAUGAGGAUAUAUGCUGAAAUACAAAUAACAUUUUCGAUUUAUGCUAUCCAUUAUGAUACUGAUACUUAUGUAUUUUUACCUGGAGUAACAUUUGAGCAAUGGGGCUAUAAAUUUGAAUAUGUGGAGUUGGGCGGUCUGACAACUACCGACACCAUAUUAUUUGUUAGUAAAACUGUGGACAAAGUUCUUGAAUAUAUUUCUCUGAAAGUUAAAGAAAAUCCCGAAUACCAAGUGUAUGAUAUACCUCAAAUUGAAAAGGACAUACAACAAUAUUGUGUGGUUAACGGGGUUCAAUUAUCUCGACGUUUGUUUCAAGUUUUGAUUAACAAUCAAUUUCUGGUAAAUACAGUUUAUGAUUUUAUUAAAGAACAAUAUUGUCAAGAUUCAGGUUGUAAAAAACUGUGUUAUUGUGGCAGUAUUACAGACGGGGUGUUAACUGAUUUAACAUUACAGUUUGAAGAUCGUGGCAAUCUGGUGGGGAAUGUAUUGUUUUGA